UCAGUCUGGAGAGGAAUCAUUUUACGCACAGAAAUAAUGGACACUAAUUCUGGUUAGGGUGACUUGUUCCCAAACUACACAUUUGGACAGACUUUUACUACCGUUAAUAGGGAGUAAAAUGUGGACGAUUCCGAAGCCAAAAUACAGAAAUGGAUCAUGCUCAGAUGGUGAAGAUGAGAUCGCUGUGAAUAUUGGCGGAGUCAGAGUGGUGCUGUUCGGGGAUGUUCUGAACCGCUACCCGGAGAGCAGACUGGCGGAGUUACUGAACUGCUCAGAUGGAGAUUAUGAAGGCAUCGCGUCGCUUUGUGAUGACUUCGAUCCUGGUAGAAAAGAGUUCUACUUCGACCGUGACCCUGAUGCCUUCAAGUGUAUCAUCGACGUUUACUACUUCGAUGAAAUCCACAUCAAAAGCGGCAUUUGUCCCAUCUGCUUCAUCAAAGAGAUGGAGUUCUGGAAGAUAGACCAAAGUGUUUUAGACGAGUGCUGUAAAAGUUACUUAAGCGAGAAGGAGGACGAGAUGAAUGAGAUUGCCGGCAAGGUGAAAGUGAUUCUGGAGGCUCGGGAGGUGGAGCGGUGCGUAACGCGCUCCCAGCGGUGCCAGAGGUUCCUGUGGAGGCUGAUGGAGAAGCCGGAGUCCUCUCUCCCGGCGCGCGUCAUUGCCAUCGUAUCCUUCCUUUCCAUCCUGGUGUCCGCGGUGGUGAUGUGCGUUGGAACCAUCCCGGAGCUCCAAGUGGCAGACUCCGAGGGCAAACUUGUGGAGCACCCGACCUUGGAGGCGAUAGAGACCGCGUGUAUGUUAUGGUUCACGGCGGAGUACCUGCUGCGUCUUGCGUCAGCUCCGAACAAGCUCCACUUCGCGCUCUCCAUCAUGAAUAUUAUAGACUUCAUGGCUAUUAUGCCUUUCUACGUCGUUCUGUCCUUAACAUACCUCGGGUCCUCAUCUAUCAUGGAGCUGGCUAAUGUCCAACAGGCUGUCCAGGCUUUGCGCAUCAUGCGUAUUGCGCGUAUCUUCAAGCUGGCGCGCCACUCCUCCGGGCUGCAGACUCUCACCUAUGCGCUCAAGAGGAGCCUUAAAGAGCUGGGGCUGCUCCUCAUGUACAUGGGAGUGGGGAUCUUCGUGUUUUCAGCUCUUGCAUAUACCAUGGAGCAAAGUCACCCGGACACCCUGUUCAGGAGCAUCCCACAGUCUUUCUGGUGGGCCAUCAUCACCAUGACCACCGUGGGUUAUGGGGACAUCUACCCGAAAACGACCCUGGGCAAGUGCAACGCGGCUUUGAGCUUCCUGUGCGGGGUCAUAGCCAUCGCUUUACCCAUCCAUCCCAUCAUAAAUAACUUUGUCGUCUUCUACAAUAAGCAGAAAGUGUUGGAAACGGCGGCGAAACACGAGGUGGAGCUGAUGGAGCUGAAGUCUGGCAGAGAAACUCGUAGAAAAAGCAAGGAUUAGGAGCAAGUUUAGACCUUUUUUAGUCAGAUCGAGGACAACUCAAAAAAAAAAAAAAAAA